GCGCGCGCUUCCUGUGGCUUCAGCGGAGGAGGAAAUGUGUCACAUUUUUGUAGUUCUAUGAAUAACUGUAUUGUGCAGAUAUGUGGUCUCCUGUGUUGGUACAUGUUCUAUUCUACCUUGUCCUGGCAGCAGGGGACGAGGUAGACAGGAAGCCCAACUUUGUCCUGAUGAUGGUGGACGACCUUGGCAUCGGGGACAUAGGAUGCUACGGGAAUGACACCAUCAGGACUCCUAACAUUGACCGACUUGCUUCUGAAGGGGUAAAGCUGACUCAGCACAUUGCAGCUGCGCCUCUUUGCACCCCGAGCCGGGCCGCUUUUAUGACGGGGCGUUAUGCACUUAGAUCAGGACUAGGAAGCACCGGCCGUGUGCAGGUGCUGCUGUUCCUUGGAGGUUCAGGGGGGCUUCCACCCAGUGAGACCACCUUCGCUAAAAGACUCCAGCAACAAGGAUACACCACCGGCUUAGUGGGUAAGUGGCACUUGGGUGUUAACUGCGAACAAAGAGGGGACCACUGCCACCAUCCCAACCAGCAUGGCUUCAGCUACUUCUACGGCCUGCCCUUCACUCUGUUCAAUGACUGUGUGCCCGGAGAGGGGAAUGAUGUCUUGGCAGACCUCCAGCACGCACUUCGAAGUCUGACCAUGUUUCUUGGAGUUGGUCUUUUUACACUGGUGUGUGUCCGUAUGUGUGGCCUUCUUGAAGUCAGCCUGUGGAUAUUGGUAGCACUCUUCUUUGUCAGUAUCCUAGCAACCUCUGUAUGGUAUAUGCCAUUUAAACUCCUGCGAACUUGGAACUGCAUCCUCAUGAGGGACCAAGAAGUGAUCGAACAGCCUAUGACAGUGGAGACACUGCCCCAGAGGCUGCUGGGAGAAGCACAAAACUUUAUAAAGAGGAGUGUUGAUCAUCCAUUCCUCCUCUUCUUCUCAUUGGCCCAUGUCCACACGCCACUCUUCAAAACCCCCGCCUUUGCUGGUAAAAGUCGCCAUGGUCGCUAUGGUGAUAACCUUGAAGAAGUGGAUUGGAUGAUUGGUAAAAUUACGGAGACGGUGGACUCCCUCGGCCUAGCCAACAAUACCCUGAUGUACUUUACAUCAGACCAUGGUGGACACCUCGAGGAUGCUGAUUCCAUAACCGGACAGAAAGGAGGCUGGAACGGCAUCUAUAAAGGUGGGAAAGCUAUGGGAGCGUGGGAGGGGGGGAUCAGGGUGCCCGGUAUUUUCCGCUGGCCUGGCAGACUGGACGCUGGACGUGUAGUGGACGAACCCACGAGCCUCAUGGACCUUUAUCCAACACUGAAAUAUUUGGCCAAGGACACUAAACCAGACAGACAAUCAGACGGCUAUAACCUCAUGCCACUAUUGGAGGGGAAGGCAGAGCGGUCAGAGCACAAAUUCCUCUUCCACUACUGUGGAGUUAAUCUGAAUGCAGUACGCUGGCACCCAGCUGGAAGUGACUCCGUCUUCAAGGUGCACUUUUUUACUCCCAACUUUUCUCCGCCUGGAACCGGUGGAUGCUACGACACUAAGGUAUGUCUUUGUCAUGGAGAUCAUGUGACGCACCACAACCCACCGCUGCUGUACGACCUUUUCCACGACCCUUCAGAGUCCAGCCCACUGACCCCAGACACUGAGCCGCGAUAUGCUGAAAUCCUCGAGCAGACUGCCAAAGCUGUGGAGAAACAUCGAAAUACCCUCACACACCAGCAGGUGUCUGGUGAUACUCAUUCAGAAUCCAAUUCAGAGGCACACAGCGUUCAGAAUCAGAUGACAUGGGAUAAGAUUCUGUGGAGACCCUGGCUUCAGCCCUGCUGUGGGACUUUUCCAUUCUGCGGCUGCAAAGAGGACACAAAGAAUAUUUAAGGGGAAAACUCCAACAGACACUCUCAAAAUGUUGCAAAAAAAACAAAACAGCUUGGGUGUAGUGUUGCUCCUCUGAAAUCUAUGACAGGGUUUAUACCUGUUUCAGGAAUAGAGCCAGAUGCUAUUUAGAAAUGUUAAAGAUAUUACAUGGAAAGGUUUGGCCUAACAUAAAAGUCAAUUGAUUGCACCAUGCAAUUAUUUGUCACCCAAAAUUAUUUGAAAUGUAUUGGAACAGAGGAAUUAAUUAAUAUAUUGAGUUCACUAUACCUGUGCUAUAUUACACUGUACUGUACAUACUUGCAAUAGUAGCCAAAAUAAAUGAUGCCUCUUUGCAUACAUGGAUA